UUAGCUAAGCUCACAAAUACUCUCCCCUCAUCCCCAUGGCAGCUAACAACAAACUGAUCCUCGUGUUACUCUCCCUACUUCCUCACAUCAUAUUUUCCUCGGUAGCAGCAAGAAAAGACUACAACACGAAGGCCUACGUGGACUCUUGGUGCCGAACAACCUUGUACCCGAACCUGUGCGUCCGGUCGCUGUCUCGUUACGUGCGUUCAAGGGCUAUGCAAAAUCCACAGGACCUGGCCCGAUUCGCACUCAAAGCAAGUCUCUACCGAGCCAAGUGCACAAAGGCGUUUUUGUUAAAAGAGGUAACAAACCUGGAGACGCUAAGGCCUAAAUACUAUGCGUUGGUACAUGACUGCUUGACCCAAAUCAGAGACAGCGUGGACCAACUGGGCCUAGCAAUAGCGGAGCUGAACAGAGUCAACAGGAGAGGCGGAAAGAGACAAGUAGAUCUGGACUGGCACAUAAACAACCUGCAGACGUGGACAAGCACAGCUCUCACAGACGCCGAGACAUGCGUGAGUCAGUUCCCGGGGCGGAGGAUGAGCAAGUUGAAGGCAACAAUUAAAGGGAAGGUGAAGAAUGUGGAAGAAACCACAAGCAAUGCCCUCGCCUUCAUCGAGCACUACGCUGCUGCUAGGUACAGAGCCAGACGUCCAUGACCGUUGCCUCCACCGACUUGUAUUUUGAUCAUAAAUGACAUUCUUGCCUUAAUUAAUAUGUUGUAUAUCACUUCUUGAUCUCGUAAUUAAUCAUACAUAAGUUCUCUGUUUAA